AUGACAGCUAGCACGCGGAGCACGACGAGCAUCCUGACACCAACUGUCACAGACACCACGGGGACCACGAGCAUCACGUCCCAGCCGAUCUACCUCGACAUCGUGGACAUCGUCGACAUCGUCGACAUCCAGCUCAGCGAGAGUGACAUCGAGGGCAGUGAGGCAGAGGCCGUGCUGCGGGCGGCGCUGCAGGCCGCGCUGGCCGCACUCUCCGGGUCCGACGCGCGCUUCGAUGAGUCCGAGUGGAGGGAAGCUCUGGGGAGGCAGGUGGAAGCACGCCUCGCCUUCAACGCCACGGUGUCCAUCGCAUGUGACUCGAACUCCUCAGACCCUUCAGGUUCUCCUGGAGCUGGAGGGUUGGCCAGGCCCUCGGUGGGGCCGUGGUGGCUGGCUUUGAUCCUGCCCCUGGCGCCGCUGGUGAUCUACUUGCUGCGGCAGCAACUGCGCGCGAUGUCGGAAGCUUCAGCAUCUCGGAGUUUCGGGAUCGAGACGGAGCUGUGGCGUUUGGAGCGCGAGAGGUGGGAGCUGUCCGAAGCCGCCCUCGCCGUGUGCCCCUUGCCGCAGCACUGGGCGGCUCGCUGGGUCACUGACGAGGCAGCCGGGCCGGCGGUCAGAGCGGGGUUCUACGAGUUCGAGUUCUUCGACGGGGGCCGAUUCGAAGGGGCGGCGCUGUCCCAGGGCAGCCGGGCCUUGGUCUCCGGUGGCGCCUUUGACGGGCACAACGUCUGCUGGCGAGAGGCCUAUGGCUCCUCCCCCGCGCCCAAGGAGGUGGAGGUGGCGGAGUGCUGGGGCAAGGCUGUGGACGGACGCAUCGAAGGCUUCUUCGUGGCCUUUGAUGUGACAACGCUGCCCCGCGAGAUCCGGCGGGGGCGGCUCACCCUCACGGCUCACACCCAAGGUGUGAGGCCUGGCAGGCCACAACCAGGUGGCACCGAGCCCUCUGACCGAGUGUGA